AUGAAGCAAUUGCAUGGGGAAUCUAUCGACCAGUUUACAACAAGAUUACGCCAGAAAGCUAAGAAUUGUGAAUUUUCGGACAUUGACUCAGAAAUUAAAAGCCAGAUCAUACAGGGUGUUGUUUCACAAAACAUGAGAAUGCAGUGUUUACAAGAUCCGGAUAAAUCACUUAAUGACUUACUUACAAAAAUGAGAACCAUGGAAAUAUCAAAAACUCAAGCAGCAACUAUGUCAAAGGAUACAAGUAGUCAGCAAGUAGUGCGGAUAAAAAGCAAUCCUCGAUUUAGCCGUCAAUCAAAGGGAUUCGCACCUAAACGUUAUCAGCAACGUUCAUAUCAAACUAUCCCAGAAGCAAGUUUGUCGUCAGGAAGGCGAAACAACCCUCAAGAACUAAGGAAAAAAUGCCGAAAUUGUGGAGGAAAAAAACGUCAAAACAAGGCGAAGUUAAUCGAUGAUGAACAGUCGGAUUCACAACUUUUAUCAGAGGCAAGCAAGCCGAGUGUCAGUUCAAGUGAGUGCGAUGUUUUAUUUGGAUUUAAAAUAUCAGAUGGGAAAAAAGUGCCAAAGAAAUGCAUUAAAUUAAAUGGCGUAGAUGUUAAUGUGUUGAUAGAUAGCGGUUCAUCGUUAAAUAUUAUUAGCGAAAUCGACCUCAACAAAAUGAAAAUUCGUCCAGAAAUCAAGAAAACGAAAACAAAAGCAUUCGCAUUUGGGCAGAAAUCUCCACUUCCAUUCAAAGGCAAAUGUUCCCUGCUUGUUGAGUCGGACUCAAAAUUUAUGACAAAAUAUUUCCAUAUUGUUAAAGGCAACAAAGAAUCAUUGAUCAGUAAUGAAUUAUCGGUAGAGCUUGGGAUUUUACCGCAAAUACAAUCAGUUCAUAAAUCAGUUCAAAGCAAAGACGCAUAUUCAGGACUAAUUGAAGAAUAUUCUCAAGUUUUCACAGGCUUAGGAUGUCUGAAAGACAGAAAAGUUAAGUUUCAUAUUGAUGAAAGUGUUGUACCUGUAGCUCAACCGCCUAGGAGAGUUCCAUUUCAUGUACGUGCGCAAGUCGAAAAGGAGCUUAAAAGUUUAAAGGAAAUGGAUGUUAUUGAAAAGGUUAUAGGUUUACCGACACCGUGGGUUUCGAACUUAGUAGCGGCUCCGAAACCUAAUGCUCCACACGAAGUGAGAGUCUGCGUAGAUAUGAGAAAAGCUAACACCGCAAUCAAAACAGAGAAAAAUGUUUGCCCGACGGUGGAUGAUAUCAUCUUGACGUUAAACGGCGCAACGGUAUUUUCACGUCUAGAUCUGUACAAAGCUUUCCAUCAAAUUGAAUUGGAUGAAGCAUCACGUGUAAUGACAACGUUUCAGACACAUAUUGGACUGUUUAGGUAUAAACGUCUACAUUUCGGGGUGUCCGCAGCACCGAUAAUUUUCCAAAACGAGCUUCGUCAAGCACUUCAAGGUCUAAAAGGCAUAUUGAAUAUUGCCAACGACAUCGUAUGUUUCGGUAAGACACAAGAAGAACACGACGCCAAUCUUAGAGCUUUACUGCAACGUCUUCAAGAUCGAAACCUCACACUGAACAGCCAAAAAUGUUCAUUCGGACAAUCUAAAAUCAAGUUCUUCGGAUACGUAUUUUCCGAAUCCGGAAUGUCACCCGAUCCUGACAAAGUAAAUGCAGUGAAAAAUAUGGACAGACCAAAAUCAAUAUCCGAAAUCCGUUCAUUUCUGGGUCUCACGAACUAUUUGUCUAAGUUCAUAGAUGGGUAUUCAAGCUUAACAGAACCAUUAAGACGACUUACACAUAAAGGUGUAAAAUUUGAAUGGACUGCCGACCAAGAAAAAUCCUUCACAUCAUUGAAAGAUACCUUAAUUAGUGAUAAGGUCAUGACAUAUUUCGAUCCUAGAAAGGAAACUGAACUCUGGGUCGACGGAAGUCCAGUUACUUAUUCAAAACGGCAAAAUAGUAUCAUAUAG